AUGGGUGAAUCACAGAGAAGAGUUUCCAUGUUAGAAAAACCACAAGGUGUCAAUCUUUAUGCCCGUUAUGCCUUUUCUGGGGCAGUAUGUUGUGCUAUAACACAUGGAGCUCUUACACCCGUUGAUGUUGUUAAAACCCGAAUUCAACUUGAACCAACUGUUUAUAAAAAUAUGUUUGAUGGGUUUCGACAAAUUGUUCGUAAUGAAGGGGCUGGCGCUCUUCUUACUGGCUUUGGUCCAACAGCAACUGGUUAUUUCCUUCAGGGAGGUUUUAAGUUUGGUGGCUAUGAAUUUUGGAAGCAGUACGCCAUUAAUUUUUUUGGAAUUGAAACUGCUACAAAGAAUCGUACUGCUAUAUAUCUUGGAUCAUCUGCAAUUGCUGAGUUUUUUGCUGAUGUUGCUCUUUGUCCACUUGAAGCAACUCGUAUUCGUCUUGUUUCACAACCUAAGUUUGCAACUGGUCUUGUUUCCGGAUUCCUUAAAAUUUUAAAAAAUGAAGGUGUUUCGGCUUUUUAUAGUGGAUUUGGCCCUAUUUUAUUUAAACAAAUUCCAUACACUAUGGCUAAAUUUGUCGUUUAUGAACGUGCAGCUGAAAUGAUUUAUUCCUGUAUACCAACUCCUAAAAAUUUACUCUCUUCUGGUUCCAAUACUUCUAUUAAUCUUGCAUCUGGGUUGGCUGCUGGCAUUGCUGCGGCUAUUAUUUCUCAGCCUGCUGAUACUCUUCUUUCAAAAAUUAAUAAGGUUCAAGCAUUGCCUGGAGAAACCACUGUAUCUCGUCUCUUCAAAUAUGCAAAAGAGCUUGGAAUUCGUGGCUCAUUUACUGGUCUUGGUGCUCGUGUUGUUAUGGUUGGAAUUCUUACUUCUGGUCAGUUUGCAAUUUACGGUGAUAUUAAAAAGGCUAUUGGUGCCACUGGGGGUGUUGAAAUAUAUCCCUCAAAGUAA